GCUGUCAAUAGUCGAGUGUUUCGUGGUAGUCUAGUUGGGGGCUGUGAGCGGACCAGAGUGGGAGCAACACUCCCCCCGCCCUCCCCACAGCUUUCUUCUCCCGCAGGUCGUGAAGGAGCGAAGUCAUGGACGCUCACCGCUGGCUGCCGCUGGAGGCGAACCCUGAUGUCACAAACCAGUUUCUCAGACAGCUAGGGAUAAAUCCCAGCUGGCAAUUCGUAGAUGUGUAUGGUAUGGAUCCAGAACUACUUAGCAUGGUGCCAAGACCUGUUUGUGCUAUUCUUCUUCUCUUUCCAGUAACAGAAAAGUAUGAAAUAUUCCGAACAGAAGAGGAAGAGAAAAUAAAAGCGCAGGGGCAAGAAGUCAAACCAUCAGUAUAUUUCAUGAAGCAAACUAUUAGCAACGCCUGUGGGACUAUUGGGCUUAUUCAUGCUAUUGCAAACAACAGAGAUAAAAUUAACUUUGAAGCCGACUCUUCACUGAAGAAAUUCCUAGAUGAUUCAGUGCCCAUGAGUCCUGAAGAGAGGGCCAAAUAUCUAGAAACUUAUGAAGCUAUCCGUGUUACUCAUGAAUCCAGCGCCCAUGAAGGUCAGACUGAGGCACCAAGUAUAGAUGACAAAGUAGAUCUUCAUUUCAUCGCAUUAGUAAAUGUUGGUGGCAAUCUCUACGAAUUGGACGGACGGAAGCCUUUCCCAAUAAACCAUGGCCAAUCAAGCGAUGACACAUUUUUAGAGGAUGCAGUAGAAGUAUGCAAGAAAUUCAUGGAACGUGAUCCAAACGAAUUAAGAUUCAAUGCAAUUGCUCUUGUAGCAGCUUAGAUUAUUCUUAAUAAUAAUAAUAAAGGCAAAAAUUGUGUUUAAUGUAUUGUAACAAAAUAAUGCUUUUGCCGUAAAUCAAUGAUGAUCAAAUUUUGAUACCUCCCAAGUAACAGAUUAAACUUCAGAUUCUCCUCUA